AUGUCAGAUGAAUAUACAACGGGAUCUUACUGGAUGGAAAUGCUGAAGGCACAUAAUUGGAUGCCAUGGAAGCGACAGAUGAUGGCUGUGCUUCGUGACCUUGGACUGGAGAAGUAUAUUGCAAAAGAUAGAUGUGAUGAAAAAUGGGCAGAGGGCGAUGCUAAGGUGCAGACACGAAUAGAACUCACUAUCAGUGAUGCGGAAAUGAUCCACAUCAGUGGUGCAAUGACAGCACAAGAAAUGUGGGAUCAGCUCACCAUGGUCAAAGAAUCCAACAGCAGGCUAGGAGUGCUUGCAACAUGA